AUGCUGGUCUUGAUCAUCACCGCUUUGAGCGCGGUCUUCCUGCUGGUGAAAUGCGUCGCCCUAGUGAAAAAUUAUAGUCGGGCCCGUCGAACUGGCUUCCCGGUAUACAUCUCCCCGGCUCUGUCUCAGAACCCAGCUUGGAUGGUCACUGGUCCCAUUCUCCUGCCUUAUUUGAAGAAUUAUCUGCCAGGAUGGCUCCAUGACCGACUUGACGUGACCCUCCAUGGUUGGGAGUUUCGACAAAAUGGGGCAAUUCAUCGUCGAGUGGGCAAAACAUUUGCGUUGGUCACGCCAGAAGAAGUUAGCUUGUGGUCUGCAGAUCCAGUCCUUGGAAAGGUGAUCCUGCAACGACGGAAGGACUUUGUUCAAUCGCCAGCCGUCGCUCAAUUCAUGGGGAUUUUCGGAUCGAAUGUGCUUCAGGUAGAUGGCGACGACUGGCAGCGUCAACGACGUAUCAUAGCGCCCAACCUCAACGAGCGCAUCAGUACAAUUGUCUGGAAGGAAAGCUGCGCACAGGCACAAUCAAUGCUUGCUUAUAUGCUCCAGCACCCUGGUAAUGAAGCUCUCAGCGGACUGCGAUGCCUGGCAAUCAACGUGCUUGGCCGAGCUGGCUACGGGCAACAACAUGCAUGGGCACCUCAGCUUCAGGGUAGCGCGGACGAAAAGGUCGACGCAAAAGGCGCGUACUUCAAAACCAUCGCCAUGGUAGCUGACAUGUUACUUGCUGCGGCUAUUGUUCCCACAUGGAUGCUCAAGCUGCCAGUUUGGCCGGACGCUAUUCGUGCUCUCGGCAGCCAUAUCGAGAAGAUGCCAUCAAAUACAAAGCAGGUGCUCGAGGAGGAACGCAAACUUGCGGCAGAUGGACUUUCGUCGAGCGACAAUCUACUGAGCAUGCUGGUCCGGUUUUCAGAUCAGGCGAAGAAAGGCCAUGCCGAAGCGUCGGGUUCGUCGCUGUCGCUGACCGAAGACGAAAUCAGCGGCAAUCUGUUUGUUUUCAGCACUGCCGGGUUCGAUACCACGGCUCACACUAUGGGGUACGCGGUGAUUCUCCUGGCUGCGUAUCCGCAAUGGCAAGAAUGGAUGCGCGAGGAAAUGAGUGGUCUUGACUCGGACGUAUCGCAAUGGAGGUAUGAGGAGGUGUUUCCAAAAUGCACUCGCACUUUGGCUGUAAUGCACGAAACCCUCCGUUUCUUCACUCCCGUUCUCCACUCCACUCGUUUCGUCGCCGAGUCGCAGCAGCUCGCAUCAUCGGACAAGGUUCACCUACUCACAGGUCCUAUGCCGGUAUUUGUGUCGGCGCACACUAUCCACGCCGACCCUGAGAUUUGGGGUCCCGACGUCUCGCAGUUUAACCCAUCCCGGUGGAUCGGCAGCGACGGUGAACUUAUCACUCCUCCCUCGGGGACGUUUCUGCCAUGGUCGGGCGGACCUCGAGUCUGUCCUGGCAUGAAGAUGUCACAGGUGGAGUUUGUGGCCACGCUAGUAACCCUAUUCCACUCGACGAGAUGUGAGCCACUGGUUGCCAAGGGCGAGCAUAUGGAGGACAAGCGGACCGAGUUGAAAGAGUUGAUGAAGGAGUCGGUUUCGAAAUUGACGCUCACGGUGAAAGAUCCGGCAUCGGUGAAGUUGCGAUGGGUGAAUGUGUAG